UCCGAGAAUGUCUGUUUCGACAGUGGUUCCUAUAAUAAGCUGCUGUCUUACCUCGUGGGUCUGGAUCAGUCUCAGCUGGAGGAAUUCAAGCUGUGCCUCCAGGCCCCAGAGCUGCUGCUGGAGAACUUCCAGAAGAUCCCCUGGGCAAACUUGAAAGCCAGUGAUCCCAUUAAUCUGUUACGUUUGUUGAGUGAAUACUUCUCGGAAAGGCAGAUAUGGGAAGUGACCCUCAGCAUCUUUGAGAACAUGAAUCUGACUUCAUUGUGUGUGGAAGUUAGAGCAAGGCUGAACGAGAUGGCACAGUCAUGGGAACCCCAAGAUCCAAACCAAGAAGCAGCAGAGAUGCCAGAAGAAGGAGUUCACAGAAGAAGAUACAGAGAGAGGAUGAAGGCUAAAAUAUUAAUGAUGUGGGACAACAUGCCUUGGCCUGAAGGCCAUAUAUAUCUCCGCAAUGUGACUGAGAAGGAACACGAAGAACUGAAGAGCCUCUUGUACCCUAACAGGACUGGAGCCCAGCCACAGACGAUUGUCUUAGAGGGAAUAGCGGGGGUCGGGAAGACCACCCUGGCAAUGAAGACCAUGCUGCACUGGGCAGAGGGCUUUCUCUUUCAGCAGAGGUUCUCCUAUGUUUUCUUUAUCAGCUGCCAUAAAGUUAAAGAUAUGAAGGAUACCACGUUUGCUGGCUUGCUUUCCUGGGACUGGCCUGACUCCCAGCCCCCCAUUGAAGAGCUCAUGAGUCACCCUGAAAGACUCCUGUUUGUCAUCGAUGGCUUUGAGGAACUGGACAUGCCCUCCAACUUGGACGACAGCCCACCAUGUACAGACUGGUAUCAGCAGCUCCCAGUCGACACAAUCCUGUUCUACUUGGUGAGGAAAGAGUUGGCCCCCACGGCUACCGUACUGAUCACAACCAAGGAGUAUAGAGCCAAGGAUCUUAAAAAGUUGUUACUGAAUCCAUGGUUUGUCCAAAUCUUAGGGUUCACCGAGGGAGACCGGGAGGAAUAUUUCAUCAGGUACUUUGCUGACCAAAACAAAGCUAAGAAUAUCUUGCGUUGGGUAAGAAAAAACGAAAAACUGUUUAAUUUCUGCUCUGCCCCCAUUGUGUGUUGGACUGUGUGUUCCUGCCUGAAGGAGCAGAUGGCAAGAAAUCCUUGUUUCCAGCUAAGCACCCAGACCGCCACCAGUCUGUAUGUCUACUUUUUCUCCAGCUCGUUUGCCAAAGCAGAGGUGACUUUGUCAGACCAGAGCUGGCCAGAGCAGUGGAGGGCCCUCUGCUCUCUGGCUGCAGACGGGAUGUGGUUUUGGAAUUUCACAUUUGCAAAAGAGGACCUCACGCGCAAGUGCCUGGAAGCACCUCUCAUUGAUUCUCUCCUCAGUUUGAAUAUUCUUCGAAAGGUCAGUGACUGUGAGGAGUGUGUUACUUUCACUCACCAGAGCUUCCAGGUGUUUUUGGGGGCCAUGUUCUACGCACUCGGGGGAACGAAAGGAUCUGUUGGCAGUCCUGCAAAACAUGAAGAGAUGAAGGUGCUACUGAAUGAUGCUUUGGCUGACAGAAACUUCUAUUGGAAUCAGAUGGCUCUUUUUUUCUUUGGUCUUUUAAAAAGAAACGUGGCAGGAGAGCUGGAAACUACUUUGCGUUGUAAAGUGAGUCGCAGGAUAACGGAUGAAUUAUUAGAAUGGGCAGAGGAAUUAGAAAGUUAUGACAUUAUCUCCAACCGUUUUGAAUUCCUGCACUUUUUCGAGUGCUUGUAUGAGACUCAGGAGGAAAAUUUUGUAAGGCAGAUUUUGAGUCAUCUCCUUGAAGCUGACCUUGAUAUUUUUGGAAAUCUACAACUCCAAGUUUCUUCGUUUUGCCUAAAACACUGUCGAAGGUUAAGUAAGCUAAGGCUUUCUAUCACCGUUCCCAUCCCUCAUACGGAAUUGACUUUCAACGUGGAGAGUCUGGAGACAAGCAUGCAUUCCAAGAUACAUCAGUGGCAGGACAUUUGCUCCGUGUUUUGCAACGGGAACGUGAGUGAGCUGGACCUGAGUAACAGCAAGCUUAACACUGCUUCGAUGAAGAAACUCUGUUACGAGCUGAGAAAUCCAAGGUGCAAGCUCCGAAAACUGACGUGCAAAUCAAUAACUCCUGUGAGGAUCCUGAAGGAGCUUGUCCUUGUCCUACACGGUAACAAAAGGCUGACCCAUCUGAACUUGAGCUCGAACAACCUGGGAGUUCCUGUGUCCACGAUGAUCUUUAAAACCUUGAGGCACUCAGCCUGCAACCUCCAGUCUCUGUGCCUGGAGAAGUGCAACCUGUCAGCUGCCAUCUAUCAGGAUCUGGCAUUGUACCUCACCAGCACCCAGAGGAUAGCUCGACUGUGCCUGGGAUUUAAUCCACUCCAAGAUGAAUGCGUGAGGCUCCUCUGUGCUUCCCUGACUCACCCCGAGUGUGCCUUAGAGAGACUGGUGCUCUGGUUCUGCCAGCUCGGGGCACCCAGUUGCAGGUACUUGUCAGACGCCCUCCUUGAGAACAAGAGUUUGACACAUCUGAACCUGAGGAGGAAUAACCUGGGAGACGAGGGGGUGAAGUUUCUGUGCAAGGCCCUCAGUCGUCCAGACUGCAGCCUACAGAGCCUGGAUUUGUCAUGUUGUUCCUUAUCACCAGAGGGCUGUCAGGAGCUGGCUAAUGCCCUCAGGCAUAAUCGUAACAUGAAAAUUUUGGAUGUCGGGAACAAUGGUGUUCAGGAUGAUGGAGUGAAACACCUGUGUGAGGUUCUAAAAGAUCCGAGUUGUGCACUGAACACUCUUGGGUUGGAGAAGUGCAAUCUGACGCCUGCUUGCUGCCAGCAUCUGUCCUCUGUUCUCGGAAGCAGUAAAAGCCUGGUUAACCUGAACCUUUUGCAGAAUGACUUGGAGCCCAGUGGAGUCAGCAUACUGUGGAAGGCCUUGAAAAAAUCAGCGUGCAAACUACAGAAACUUGGGUAA